AUGUCAACAACAACACAACCAUCGUAUAUGAUUGAUCGCAUUGAAAAUGAAGCUUUUAUUAGCACAUCAGUGAAAAAAGCUUUAUGUAAAUUGUACGAAAAUCAAAUAAAAGGACCUGAUCAACAACAAAAUGAAUGUGAUAUGAUAAUAAAAUUAUAUGACGAAUUAAUUGAUGCAAUAAAAAAUGAUUUUCGUUCAUCAGAACAAUAUAAACAUGAUCAUCAAAUACAAGAUGUAUAUGAUCAAUUAAAAACCAAUCUUAAUAAUUGGAAAAAUAAAUGGUUGAUAUUAGCCAUUGAUACACAACAAUUGGAAAAAGCAUUUAAGGAACUUAUGGAUUGUCUUGAGUCCAGUUUUAGUGCUGUGUUCACGAUUUUCGAACAUGUUUCGAAAAAGACAAACGAUUUUGAAAAAGAAAAUGAAGAAUUCAGGAAUAAUUUACAACAAGUUAAAACAAAACUCAAUGAAAUAGAAACAAGUGAAAAGAAAAGAGUUGAAAAAGAAAAAAUUCUUGAAAAACGUAUACUUAUUCGUGAUUUAUUUCUCAUGGCUCACAAAAAAUUACAUGAAGAAAUAGACAAAAACGUGCAUUACCAAAAUAUAUAUUAA